GGUAAAGGGACAGCGGCAGGCUGGUAAUCACGGAGGGUGGAAGCUAAAAUUAUUUUUGGUGAAGUGUAUUAAAAGAGGGCCCAACGGAAAGGAAGUUAGCUAGAAAUUUCUUUAACUAGAAAUGUGGAAUCACAACAUUAAAACAGUGUGCAUCUUUAAAGUGAAUAAAUAGAUGCCGAAAGCGAGUGAGUCAGAAGCACAUGAGUUGGAAAGGGUUGAACUCAAGAGAUCAGAUCAGGCAAUGCUGCUUAAUACCAUCACAUGACUGGCCCUGAGGCCUGUAUUUAAUUGAAGAAAGGAGUGGGGCGCAGUGAGGCCAGAAGUGCAUUGUUGCUCUUAGCAGAUGGAGCCAGAGGAGUUAAAAGUUAAACCUUGAUUGCUGCUGGGUCUGUGAGAAUUCAUUCAGCAUGAAACGUCUCUACUGUUUCCUGGGGUUUCUGCUUCUGGCUGCAAGAUUGCCACUCGAUGCCGCCAAACGAUUUCAUGAGGUGCUCAGCAGUGCAAGAACGUCUGGUUUUAUGAGGGAGCACAGCCGACUGAACGGCUGGUCUUCGGAUGACAAUGAGUGGAAUGAACAUCUCUAUCCAGUGUGGAAAAGAGGAGACCCGAGGUGGGAGGACUCCUGGAGAGGGGGCCACGUCAAGGCCAUUCUGACCAGCGACUCCCCAGCACUGGUGGGCUCCAACAUCACAUUCGUGGUGACCCUGGUAUUACCCAGAUGCCAAAAGGAAGACGACACUGGCAACACAGUCCACGAGAAGAACUGCAGAAAUGGCACAGGUCCCCCUUUGGACCCCUGUGUUCACAAUGGGACAGCGUGGGCGGAGGACAGCGACUGGGGAAACGGCACAGACCAGAGCUAUCACGUGUUCCCCGACGGAAGGCCGUUCCCCCACCACCAUGGAAGAAGGGGCUGCAAUCUCAUCUACGUCUUCCACACCCUUGGUCAGUACUACCAGAAACUGGGACGGUGUUCAGCGAGUGUUUCUGUAAACACGGCCAACAUGACGCUUGGCCCUCAACUCAUGGAAGUAGCUGUCUAUAGAAGAAAGGGACGGACGUACAUUCCCGUUGCAAAGGUGAAAGAUACGUACGUGGUGACAGAUCGGAUUCCUGUAUCGGUGACUAUGUCCCAGAAGAAUGAUCGAAAUGCAUCCGAUGAAACCUUCCUCAGGGACAUCCCCAUCGUAUUCGAUGUCUUUAUUCAUGAUCCCAGCCACUUCCUGAACGAGUCUGCCAUUAACUACAAGUGGAAUUUUGGGGAUAAUACUGGUCUGUUUGUUUCCACCAAUCACAUUUUGAAUCACACGUAUGUACUCAACGGAACCUUCAGCCUUAACCUCACUGUGCAAGCUCUGGUGCCUGGACCUUGCCCUUCACCUACACCCCGACCUCCAAAGCCCACUCGAUCUUUGUCCCCUACUGCUGACAGCCCCCCGCAGUGGGCGGGGACUCCUGGUGAACACUGCCGGAUCGAGAGAGAGGGUCACUUCACAGCCAGACUCACGAUUGUCGAUGGAAUUCUAGAGGUCAGCAUCAUUGAGACGACCGAAGUUGUGAUGCCCGUGCCACAGCCUGGCGACUCCUUGAUGGAUUUUGUCGUGACCUGCCAAGGGACCAGUCCCACUGAGGUCUGUACCAUCGUGGCUGACCCCACCUGCCAGGUGGCCCAGAACACAGUCUGUAGCCCUGCGGAUGUGGAUGACACGUGCCUGCUGACCGUGAGACGAGCCUUCACCGGGUCUGGGACAUACUGUCUGAACCUGACCCUGGGUGACGACGCCAGUCUGGCCCUCACGAGCACCCUCGUCUCUGUCCCUGGCAGAAGCCCUGGCCCCUCUAUAAGUGUGGCAAAUGGCGCCCUGAUCUCCGCUGGCUGCUUGGCUGUGAUUGUCACUGUGAUUGCCCUCCUGGUGUACAAAAAACACAAGGAAUACAAACCAAUAGAAAACAGUACCGGGAUCAAAGGCAACGGCCUGAAUAUUUUCCUCGAGCAAGCAAAGGUCAAGUUCUUUCCUGGAAGCCAGGAAAGAGAUCCACUGCUCAAGAACCAGCCAGGAAUUCUUUAAACCUUCAGCCUUACUUCUGGGCAACGGUGCACUCUUCAGUGCUGUGUGUGUGCACUGUGCUAGAGCGGCUGGCCGUCAACUCUUUUCUCCAAGUGAUCACUGUAAAACAUGCGCUGUGGCUUAGGGAGGUCCAAUUUUUGUACGGGUGAAAUGACAUUUUAGAGGAGUGGAGGGGAAUUAUACUGCACACGGCCUUAGCUGUGUUAUAUAUAACUGAUAGAUCGGCCAGCAGUGCUUUCUUUCAUUAUGAUUUAUGUUUCACUUACAAUGUCUUAGUACAAUUAGUAGGAUAGACAUACUGUAUCCGAAGUGUAGGGGGUGAAGGUAUGACUCAUUAGACCCGGAUCUAGGUAGCCUAGAGGGAGAGGCUGGCUUUCCACAUAAACACAUGCAUAAAACCGAUGUGCUGUGUGCUUGUCCUUAAAAUCCUGUUCCAAGCUAACCGAAUGCUACUUCCAUGAACAUGCAUAGGCUCCCAACAGAACAAUUAACAGGCCAAACCUCUGCUAUGAUUCAGAUGAUUGUGACACAAAAAUAAUAAUAAUAAUCUAAUUAGUAGGUAUGAAUAAUUUGGGGACAACCUGCCUGCCCAGCUGUGUAAAGAAAUGACAUGCAUUUAUCCACUUAUCCCAUGGACAUUUAUUUAGAGCUGUCUAUCAGGCAUGUUGGCAGGCACAUGGCCCAGCUCUCAGAGUGUUGAGAGCCUUGUACAUGUAUCUGGAUUUCUGUACAUGCUGGUCAUUUAUUUGAAAUGACAUAUGAUGAUUUUCCAAAGGAGGAGGCCCCUGGUUUUCCUACAAGUUUCUCUAAAUGAUAUGUGAACUUGAUUAGUAAGGGUUUUACCUCUAUUUGUAAACAAAGCUAUCUACCAUGUGUCACAUGUGACUUUUUUUACUCUCCUACCUGAAAAAUAAAGUAUGAAAAGAGCUAAGA